GUCACGAUGCUUGUUGGAUUUGCUCUUUCCAUUUUGAACUCGUCAAAAUAUUUGCUAUACAUUUAUAUUUCUAUAUAUUUUUAUUAUUUUUUACUCAUUUUCAAGUUUUUUAGACUAAUGUAUAAUAUUCCAAAGGAGUGUGUAAGAAGAAUUACAUUGAAAAAAAGAGAAGCAGUGGUAAACGAGGAAAUAAACAUAAUUUAUAUCAAAUAGUAGUUAAAUGUUCCAAAAAAUAUUUUUUACACAAACGAAAUGACCUCUUGCAAUGAAAGAAACCUAGUCGGAAAGCAGGAAAAAUAUAUGCUUACUAAAGAAAUUCAUAAAACGACAUCAGAAGCUGAAAAAAUGCGCCAUGUGCUUAGCUCCAUCGCACAGGAACUACAAAGGUUCCAUUUAAAAAGCAUUUUAUCUCAAAACAACCCAAACGAAAGCCAAGACAUCUAUGGAAAACUAGGAGUUUUAAGAAAAAGUCUAAAGAAAAAGCAGCACAUGAUAAAUAAAUUAAAAUCUAAUAUAAAAACAGCCUGUUUCAUAGCCAAAACAUUCGUAGCUACUCAAGACAUUGAAACCCUCAACAGCCAUCUGAAAAGUGCUAAAAGUGAGGCCCUACUUCUAUCAACAGAAAGCAAAUUUCGCGAUAGUCAACUGCAAAAACUGAGCUUAGAAGUCAAAGUGCUGGAAGACAAAAUACUUUGCCUGCGAACAUUCAUCGAAAAAGGAUACCGGCAGCUGCAGAAAAUACGUAAUGAACCACUUGAAGAAAUAUCAGUGUCCAUGCAACUAAAGAAGAUAAUAAUAUGUUGCGGUCAAUAUUACGCGGACUUCACAAAUGAACACGCCAAAUGUGUCCAGCUUGAGCAGAAAAAUUCUUAUCUUUCUAACAAAAUAAGCGUUCUAGAAAACAAUUUAGCUGCCGUCAAGGAAGAAUUAGACAGUCUUCGCUGGUACAAAACUAGAUCGCAGAAAGUUAAACAGCUAUCCACACUUCAACCGAAAUCGAAUGUGAAGCUAACUGAUUCAGAUGAUAAUAAUACUCUGAAUCUAGAUUUGUACCGAAAUGAUCUUGAUAUGACAAAUAGUAACCAUGAAGAAUCAAUUAAAAGAGAACUAUCAGUAUCAUGUAAGACAGAUCUGACUACACAUUUUGCGUUGGUUAAAAAGUUAAUGAUAGAUCAAAACAGUAUGCUCAAUGAUCUCAGGAAUUUAUCAGACGAAUUGCAACUGUAACGUAGGUAAUUAAUUAUCGGCAAUCUACCUACAAAAGCAGGUCACCUAAGUAUGUCUAAGAUCUUUCUUGCUUAUAGACCUUAUUUAGUAUAAUUACUUACCAUCAUGAGGUAGGUAGAUGCUAAUGUAGGUAUGUGCCUACUUUGAAGUUUCAAGAC